CGCUGCUGAUCCGCGGGGUUUCGGUGCGCUCAAACGCGCUCGGCGUUCAGACUCCUAAGCACCCCCGAUGGCCCCCCAUCAGCGACACUGCACUAACCAGACGACCAGCCCCGGCUUCAGGCUCCCUUAGCGAAGGCAGGACCCCGAGAGUCCUCUCCUGGAAUACCGCAUUGUUUAUAAUUUCCAGCCACACAGAAAGAGACGGAGGAGAUGGUGCUGAUGAUGCGCCCGCGAUGGUGGAUUUCCCUUUUGUGCGUCUGUGAAUUGAUGCACGUCGGUCACCAGAGCAGCUCUAACGCCGGAGAUGGAGACGCCUUGUCGAGCUUGAAAUCUCUUCGUGAUGCGGGCAGGUUUGUCGGGAAGGAGGACACGGUGCCUCUCCGCCUGCUCUACAGCAGGCACAACCACAGCCAGAUCACACAGGACGAGCUCAGCACCAGGAUUAAAGCCAGCGCCAGCUCCGACUCCACGCAGGUGAACCAUGUGUCCCAAGCGAGCUUUCAAGUUGACGCUUUUGGUCGGAAGUUCAUUUUGGAUGUGGAACUGAAUCAUGAUCUCCUGUCUUCGGGCUACGUGGAGAGGCAUUUGUCAGAAAACGGGAAGACUGUCAUCACCAGUGGCGGAGAGCACUGCUACUAUCAGGGAAAGGUCAGAAACAUCCCUCACUCCUUUGUGGCUCUCUCAACCUGUCAUGGGCUGCAUGGGAUGUUUUUCGACGGCAAUCACACCUACAUGAUUGAACCUGGAGGACACGGCGGCAGCAAUGGAGAUAUUCGCAUUCACAUGAUCUACAAAUCUGCUGGUGAAGAGGCAAUUAACGAUCUCCUUGGUGGCGCUCUACCAGAACCACCUUUUCCCAGCCCUCCAUUUCCAGGGUCAAAAGUUGUGCACAGGAGGAAAAAGAGACAGGCUCCACGUUUGUCACGAAGUGUCGAAGAUGAGACCAAAUACAUCGAGCUGAUGGUGAUCAAUGACCAUUUAAUGUAUAAGAAGCACCGGCUUUCCGUCGGGCAUACGAACAACAACGCUAAGACAGUGGUCAAUAUCGCUGACAUGAUUUUCAGGGAACAACUUAAUACCCGAAUUGUGCUCGUUGCAAUGGAAACCUGGUCAGCUGACAACAAAUUUAACAUUGACGAUGACCCCAUGGUGACCCUGAAGGAGUUCAUGAAGUACAGGAAAGACUUCAUCAAGGAGAAAUGUGACUCUGUUCACCUCUUCUCAGGGAAUCGCUUUCAUAGCAGUUGGGGUGGAGCUUCCUAUAUGGGCGGAGUUUGCUCUCUCACCAAAGGAGGGGGCGUCAAUGAGUAUGGGAAAACUAAUGAGAUGGCCAUUACCCUCGCACAGUCUCUUGGACAGAACAUUGGCAUCUUCUCGGACAAGAAGAGGAUCCUAAACGGUGAAUGCAAGUGUGAUGAUCGCUGGGCCGGCUGUAUCAUGGAUGACAUUGGUUUUUACCUGCCCAAGAAAUUCUCUGACUGCAAUGUGGAGGAGUACUAUAACUUCUUGAACAGCGGUGGAGGAGCCUGUCUGUUCAACAAACCUCUGAAGCUGUUAGACCCUCCAGAAUGCGGCAAUGGCUUUGUGGAGCCAGGAGAGGAGUGUGACUGCGGAAGCCCAGCGGAAUGUGCGAAAGAAGGAGAGAACUGCUGCAAGAACUGCACCCUGACUCAGGGCUCUGUUUGCAGCAAUGGACUCUGCUGCAACAACUGCCAGAUGGAGUUCAGGGGAGUUGUGUGCAGAGAUGCGGUGAAUGACUGUGACAUCCCGGAAAUCUGCUCGGGCAAUUCCAGCCAGUGUCCACCAAAUGUGCACAAGAUGGAUGGUUACACAUGUGAAAAAGACCAAGGUCGCUGCUUCAGUGGAAGGUGCAAAACCAAAGACAGACAGUGCAAGUUCAUUUGGGGAGAAAAGGCAACAGCAGCUGACAAGUUCUGCUACGAGAAGCUUAACAUCGAAGGGACAGAAAAAGGCAACUGUGGAAAAGACAAGGACACGUGGAUCCAGUGUAACAAGCAGGAUGUUCACUGUGGCUAUCUGCUGUGCUCCAACAUCUCUCCUGCUCCACGACUGGGAGAGCUGCAGGGAGGGCUGACUUCAUUCUCUGUAGCCCAACACAGUGCCUCUUUGGACUGCAGUGGCGCUCACGUGGUGAUCGACGGAGAUAUAGACCUGGGAUACGUCGAGGACGGGACGGCCUGCGGCACAGACAGCAUCUGCUUCAACCACAAAUGUCUCCCCAUCCAGCAGUUCAACUUCAGCACCUGCCCAGGGACGACUGACAAGGCCAUUUGCUCUGGAAAUGGGGUUUGCAGCAAUGAGCUGAAGUGUGUGUGUAACCGGGGCUGGACAGGAGAGGAUUGUAGCUUCAUGUUUCCUGUGGCCAAAACCACAGCCUCUGUUUCAGGUAUCAACAGCACUAACAUCAUCAUCGGGGCUAUUGCGGGCUCUAUCCUCUUCCUCGCCCUAAUACUGGCUGUAACAGCCUGGUGCUACAAGAGCUACAAGCAGAAAUGCUACAUCGAGUCUGAGGUUCACCGGAGAUUCUGCCGGCAAAUGCCUCCAGGUGACUAUGUCACAAAACCUGGGGAUGCAGAUUCAUUUUACAGCGACAUGCCUCCGGGUGUAAGCACAAACUCGGGCUGCAGCUCCAAGAAGAGGUCAGCCUGCCUGUUGCACCUGCAGAUUUGCACCCCGUCCUUCACUCCCUCCAUCCCAUCCAUUUCUCAGAACCGCUCACUGUUUGCCUUCAGAUCUAAUGGCCUGUCCCACUCGUGGAGUGAGAGAAUUCCAGAUGCCAAACACAUCACUGACAUCUGUGAAAAUGGGCGACCAAGAAGCAACUCGUGGCAAGGAAACCUUAGCGGUAAUCGUAAGAAACUGAAAGGAAAGAAGUUCCGUGCUCGCUCGAACUCCACAGAGACGCUAUCGCCUGCCAAGUCUCCCACCUCCUCCACAGGAUCUAUUGCAUCCAGCAGGAGGUACCCAUACCCUAUGCCUCCUCUCCCCGAUGACCAGAGGAAAGCCAACAGGCAGAGCGCCAGGUUGUGGGAGACUUCAAUAUAACAGCUGUCUUGCCCUCUCUGCACAAGACUAUAAAGAACUACACAUCUCUCCUUUUCUAUGAAUGAACAAACACAAAAACGAAACAAAAUUGACUCUAAGCGACUAAAGAGGAAAAAGAGAGAGAGCCCCACCCACCCACUGGACAGGAAACAGGCAGAGUUUGAGUUUGAGUUAAUGUGACCAAGCAUCUGCGAGGCCGUAUUGCCAAACAGCCUCAUUCAGUGGAUCUCUACGUGACGAUGUGGAGUCCCGGCAGAGACACCAGCUCCACAUCCUCUCCAGACCAGCUGGAGGUCAGACUGAGCUGUUCCUGCUGUCUGCUCAAAGCUUCACCAACGCGACAGAACCCCACCCAAAACCCCCACACCACCCUUAACCCUCUUUAGCUUGUCUCAUGUUGUAUUCACUUCAGCAUCAUCCCAUCUGAAUUGUACAGGCUCCUCUCUGAAAGGAGCUGUGGGAGCCAGGAGCAGGCCAUCGCCGGAUCUGCGUCGGAUCAUUUUGACGUGAAUUACUGUAGAAACGCCAACACUGUAUGCAUGAGACGACUGUGUUUAUCGGCAACUCCCUCCUACCGAAAAGACGAGACGGACAGCGGUCUGACCCGAAAGGAAAGCAUGCAAAUGGGGCUGUGAUUUUAUAACGUCUGUAGGCUUAAUGCUUUCUCUCCACUAAAGGUAACUCAUAUUGUAUCACCGCAACAUGGACCCCACUCUGCUGUUCCUCCCUUUGGUUUGUGUGUAAAUAUGUACAGUAAAAUACACACAGAGUAUGGGUUUUCUUUUAUUUUGAAAGACAAAAAGACAGAGAGAGACAUUUUUUUUUCCUGUUGAUUUGUAGAUAAGUUCAGAGACCCUGCAGUCUGGGUUUCUCCCGCUCUGUGACUAUGACCUCUAUAGCCUUCUCCAUCCACAGCAGAAUGUGUGUUUAUUUUUUACCUUAGCCACUAUUUUCAUGCAUCUCUGUGAGACACACACACAGACAUCCAGCGAUGUUGAUUGUGGCACAUUAAUAAGAGCGUCGCUAAGACGGUUCUCGAUCGAUAUUAAUUUAGCUACAUUUUUAUUAGUUUUACGUCCCGUUCCCGAGUGAAACGAAUGGACGAGAUGUGUUUGGUGUAGUUAUAGAUGUGCCGCUUGUCACUCACGUAAUUUCCUGAAAAUUUCCCAAUGAUGGUGACAAGGUGUUUGUGUGUUUGAGACGUCUGCACUCCCAUUUUUCCAGUGGCAGCCACUUGAAUGUGAGUAAUUGAACAUCUGGCUGGUGACCCGCCUCAGCCAGCAUCUGGAAAUUGACUGAAAUGCGCAUUUUGAAUUUAGCUGUGACGACUGAGAUAUUUAGCCUUGUAAAUGAUUAACUAUGCUGUACAGUGCUUGCUGUUCGAGCUUACGAAGACCCAACAGCAUGACAGAUCUAUAUCAGAUUAUUUCGCCGGUAGGCUCUUUUUGAGGUCAUAACAGGAAAUGAGCACGUCACCGGAUGAGUUUUUUCCCCCCUAUUGCCUUUUCCUGUUGUUUUUAAUGGGUCUGUGUACCACAGUUGCUUGUAAAGCUCAUGGCAGGUGGUUCGAAGCUAACUGUCGUGCCAGUGUAAUUAUUUAAGGUGGGGUUUUUUUUUUUUCUGGAUGCAAAUCCCGCUCACCAACAAGUUCUUUGUACAGUCAGUGCUCUACACUGUGGAGAAACUGUUGUGUCAAGGCCUCAUGUUUGUCAUUUUACUGUUGUUAGCUUUUGUUCCAGUGUGGGCACUUUUACAUUUGUAAUUCAUGUAUGCAUUAGGACUGUAUAGGUAAUAUGAGCUUCACAAUAUUGGACUAAUAUUGCUACUAGUAUCUUUUUUUAUUAAGUACCUUUGUAAUGUUCACCUUUUUCCCCUCAGCAUUAUGUACAGCAGCUAUUUAAACAGUAAUUAAGUGCAUUAUUGUAAUUACGUGGGUUGAUGAGUUUGAAUGGAGAGCAUUUCAUUUCAUCACCUUUUUCCUUUGGGGCCAAUAGAAGCCGUUGUUCCUUACGCAUGUGCUGAUAUGUAUGAUGUAAGGUUUGGACACAUGUUGCUGUAUGGGCUCAUGAUUUGCCUUCUACCAGAACUUUCUUUAUUUUUGUUCCUCUGGUCUUACUAUUGGUGUCCAGCGGCCCAGUGAUCUUUCUGGGCUUCCCCAGGCUGGGGAGAGCAUCAUCUCUGAGCUCCUUAGAAAUGUUUCUAACAUCAUAAUACUGUGCAGCAGCGAGACAUUUGUCCUGGUGCCUUGGGCAAAACUCUAAGAGGAUUCUCCAUCGAGGACGGCAGUAGUGAUUUGGCAGGCAGUAGUGAUUUGUGUGAUUGUACAGGUGUUACUCCAAACAUAUCUGCUGUAUCUGCCUCCGCACACAGCUGGACUGACCGAUCCCUGCAGAGCAGCUGUCUGGCCAGAGACUUGAAUGUAUUUGUGUACCACCCAGUCUCAGCCAUGCGUUCCCAUCACACCAGAAUCAUCAGCACUCUGCUCCAGGAACCCUAAAGAGCCCCAUAUGUACUAAUUCAGACACUGCAGUUGUCUUUUUUUAUUUUUUAAUUUGCCUGUAUGCUGUACAGACUGAUGAUGCAAAAAUCCCCAUAUUUUUUCCUCUUUAUCAUUCAGUAUUGUAAUAUAUUUAAUAUAAAAUAAAACUUUCAUCAACA